UAAACCACGGCAGCGUUUGCCCCCGCCCAGGACGACGGGGCCAGUCAGGUCGGCUCCAGAGAGGAGCUGGGGGGACGGAGCAGGGUGCCGGGCCCGACAAAGCGCAAACCACCCGGGAAACCCUCCAUCCCGCGGCCGGCAGCAUCGGGCCGCGUGGGGCAGAGCUUGUUGGCAGGCGUGGAGUGGGUAGGAGCUGGUCGUGCCCCCGCCCCACCGGCGGCUCUGACCCCUCCCGUCUGAGCGAAGCGGGAGCAGGGGCAGGCCGGGACCAGGCAGCUUUAGCAGCAAAUGACGAGCGUGGCUUUCCUUUUUUCCCCCUUUAAAUGUGUGUAUUUAUUUUAACGCAAACAGUCAUCUCCCCAUGGAGGAGGCCGGCAGAGCUCGGGGCAGCGGAUGUCCCGUUCAGCCCUGGCCUCGUGGGGAGCAGCUGAGGCCUGCUUUCGUCCCGGGAGCAUGAGCCCCUCCCCGGUUUUCGGUGGGAAGGUGUGCCCCAAGCACAAAUCGCCUUCUCCCAUGACACCCCCUCCAAGAGCUUGGGCACCGACAGAGCCCCUUCUGACUGCCUUUGUGUCCCGCAUUCUGGCGUCCUCAUCCUCGGCGGCUUUUAGACAAGUGCCAACUUUGGAAACUGAGGACAUCUCUUUGGAGAAAAGCGACACGGUUAUGUUUGGGAUCCUCAGCAGGGGAUUCUCCUGCUUCAGCCCUCACCCAGGCCUCCCUGGCAGUCUAAAGGAUGCACAGUCCCUGUACCCCGCAUCCCAUGGCUAACAACUGAGACAAAAACUUCUACCACCCAGUGCCUGCUGCUCCUUUAGCCAUCCCAAUGCACUGUGUACACCACCUUAUAAAGCUGAGCUCGGUGGUGAGUUUUUUUUUAAGGGGGUGGGGUGGAUGAGAGGAAGCCGGGGAAGAAGAAACUCUUUCUCCUGUGCUCUUCUCUGCUGUCAUUCACUCGGCUCCUUUCAGCAUCCAGCCAAUGGAGAGUGAGGGCCCGGGUGCAGCAGGCCUUGGCUAGCGUGAUUGAUGGGCAAGUGGGGCUCUCGCACUCCGUCGCGCUUCGCUCCGCGCCACUCCGCGGGGCUCCUGGCUGCCCACCGCCCGCGGCAGCGAGGGUUUCCCGGGCACCUUCCUAUGUGGUUGUGUCUUGGGUGAGCCGCGCCUGGCCAGGUGGUUACGCCUUGGAGGUGUGGGGGUUGCUGGCUCUCAUCGGGAGCGGGGUGCGUGGGUGAGUGUGUGGGGAUCUCCUUCCCGGAGGCUGCUGUGAGAGAGUGUGCCACGGCUGUGUCCCGAGUGUGCAGCUCCUAGGCCUGGGCUGGGCAGCGCUGCCGUGUCCCGGGCAGCGGAGUUGUUUGGCUCCCGCGCCUCUGUCGCGUAUGGCUCUGCUGUUGGCUCCUGGGGCUGAGCGUGUGGCUACCGUGUUCCUGCUGUGCGUGGCUCUGCCGAGCUGUCUUGGGGUGCACGACCCCCGUGCUAUGGGAAUGAGCGAGUAGCCGGCGUGUCCCCUCUGUGCGAGGAUCCUCUGACCUGUACCGGGACGGUGCCGGGCUGCGCUGCCCUGCUCGGGGUGGAGGUCCGACCCCCGUGCCCCAGGGCGUUGUGCGCGGCUCCGUUGCCGGGGACGGGCGGCAGUUCCAUGGAGCACCUCGGAGCACACCACCUGCAUCAGGGCCAAGCCGAGCCCAUCAGCUUCGGCAUCGACCAGAUCCUCAACACGUCGGAGCCGGGCAGCUGCAUGGUCUCGCACCCCCGGCUGCAGGACUCGGCGGACUACGGGCUGGGCUGCAUUGUGGGCAGCGCCUACAACACGGUCACGGGUGGCUAUGGGGCGAGCAGCGGGUCUGCUGGCGCCUACACCGGCACCUCCUGUAGCAUGGGCGGCCUGCCCGGCUCCUACAACGUGAACAUGGCGGUGAGCAUGAACGGCAACACUUUGAGCUCGGCCGGGGGUGUGAUCCGCGUUCCGGCCCAUCGUCCGGUAGCCGGCGGCGUGCACCAGCCCCUCUCCGCCGCCGUGCCGGCGGUGAACGGCAUGAACAGUCUCACUGGGCUCACCUUUCCCUGGAUGGAGAGCAACAGGCGGUACACAAAAGACAGGUUCACAGUGGCCCUCUCACCCUUCACUGUAACACGCCGUAUAGGUCACCCCUACCAGAACCGCACGCCCCCCAAGAAGAAGAAGCCGCGCACCUCCUUCACUCGUUUGCAGAUCUGCGAGCUAGAGAAGCGCUUCCACCGGCAGAAGUAUUUGGCCUCGGCCGAGCGCGCUGCCCUGGCCAAGGCCCUCAAGAUGACGGACGCUCAGGUGAAGACCUGGUUCCAGAACAGGCGCACCAAGUGGAGGAGGCAGACAGCAGAGGAGCGAGAGGCUGAACGGCAGCAAGCGAAUCGCAUCCUCAUGCAGCUGCAGCAGGAAGCCUUCCAAAAAACCAUCAACCAGCCCAUCCAAGCAGACCCCAUCUGUGUCCAUAACUCCUCUCUCUUCGCCCUGCAGAACCUCCAGCCUUGGUCCGAUGACUCUACCAAGAUCACCAGUGUCACCACUGUUGCCUCUGCUUGUGAAUAAGGCUAGCACCCACUGGCAGCACAUGCACUCUUUGCUGGUGGAGCUGUCCCUUGGUUGGGACCUGUGGCAUCCUGUUUCCCACCGUGGUCCUCUGGCCACCUGUGCAUCCCACGUGUUUGUCUGGGGAAACUCUUCAUGAGGACUGAAAGGAAAGGAAAACACUCCAAAAACUCUUCCCACAUGUGGGGUUGCUGGAGCAGUGACAUCUCACCACCUCCCAACCCCUUUGUUCUCUUGCAAGGCUCCAGUGCCCACCAUGAACUUGCUGAUGUGCUGCCAGACAAAAGCCCAGCCCUGCCAGACAUGGCCAUCGGUGUUCACUCAGCUAGGAUAGAGAAAACUUCCUUUGGAUUCUGCUGGUAGCAGUGGAAAGCCUGGGGUCACCUUUAUAUAUCCAUAGAUAUAUAUGAAGUGUGUAUAUAUAUGUAUGUAUAUGUAUACUUUGGACUGAUGGCUCGAAACAAAGGGAGGAGGCUGCCUGGAAAGCGCCUGUAUGCUGUGAUCCUCCCCGGGCCAUCCACACUGGAGACGUCCAGGGAUGCAACAAACGGAGGAAACAGCAGCAAUUUCUGCUUGCAACAGACGGGAACCCUUCUGAUCUCACGUCACCAUCUCUCCUUCCCUUUUUCAUUAGUUUUUUCUUGCGAGGAGAGAAUUGGAGAAGGAUCUGACAGACUCCCGAGGACGGUAAAUAUGAUAUCUCAAUUGUAUGAAGACCCCCAGUCUGUCCCCAACUGCCACGGACUUUGUGUCUGUCAGUGUGUAUUUUAAUAACGAGAAGACCUUGGUGGCAGUUUACAGGGGUAACACAGUUUCUUUCCACGGGUUGUUUCCAUAUCAUCUGCAAAAUGUCAUCCUAAUGUUUUAUUUUAUCUCUUUCCCUUUAGAAGGUAAUUCCUGAUGGCACAACAGUUGAUUUCACUCUCACCUGCUCUAACUUAGUUUUAUCUUUAAUUGUACUGCGGGAAUGAGACACAAUUAAACAAAGCACUUCUUAUAGCAAAUGCCAGGAGUAUAUAGAUAUAUAUAUAUACACAGUAUAUAUUUUUCAUUUACUUAUAAUCUGAAUCAGCACUGCCAAUUUAAGCAGCAAGUACAAACGAUCAGAAAACCUAUUUUGAGUGAGAUUUUCAAAGGCACUCGUUCUGGUUUGUUUUGGUUUUGGUUUUGUUUUGUUUUUAAGUUAUGCACUUAUAAAGUGGUUUCUGUGUAUUCAUUUUAUAAAGUGCUUGUGUAAUUUAUGUGGAAAAAAAAACAACAAAAAAGAAAGAAAGAAAAAACCCUCCAGGGUAUGGAAUAAAUCAUUUAAAGCCUUGUU